UGGCGAGGGUAGAACCGCAGCUGAGGCAGCACUCCUUGGUGCUGUCGCUGCCAGGGUGUAGUGCAUGGUUCUGAGCCCACCAGGCGUGGUGCCUCUCCUGUCCGGAGGGUGCCCCGGGUGCCCUGGCUGCCGAAGCGGCCGAGAGCCUGUCUUCGGCCCGGAGACGGUCUUUACAGUCCCGGAUGCGUCCAGAGGGCGCGGGAAUGGAUCUUGGCGGUGGCGGCGGGGAGCGCCAGCCCGAGGAGAGCAGGAGAGAACAUUGGCAGUUGCUGGGUAAUUUGAAGACUACUGUGGAAGGUUUGGUGUCAGCCAACUGCCCCAAUGUCUGGUCCAAGUAUGGUGGCCUGGAGCGGCUUUGCAGAGACAUGCAGAACAUUCUGUAUCAUGGGCUCAUCCAUGACCAGGUGUGUUGCCGCCAGGCUGAUUACUGGCAGUUUGUGAAAGACAUUCGGUGGCUCAGUCCACACUCAGCCUUUCAUGUUGAGAAGUUCAUCAACUUGCAUGAGAAUGGCCAGAGAGAUGCUGAUGGUGUAAGCGAGCGUGCUAUCGCGGAGCUGUGGCUGCAGCACAGCCUGCAGUGCCACUGCCUCUCAGCCCAGCUCCGGCCUCUGCUUGGGGAUAGACAGUAUAUCAGGAAAUUCUACACAGAAUCUGCUUUCCUGCUAAGUGAUGCCCACGUCACAGCCAUGCUUCAGUGCCUGGAAGCAGUGGAACAGAACAACCCCCGUCUCCUGGCUCAGAUUGAUGCGUCUAUGUUUGCCAGAAAGCACGAGAGCCCGCUGCUGGCUGCAAAGAGCCAGAGCCUGACAGCCCUGCCUGGUUCCACAUACACCCCUCCAACCAGCUGUGCUCAGCGUUCCUACUUUGGGUCCUCCUCCAGCCUUCACCAAUCCAUGCCCAACCACAGCUCAGAGAGAAGAUCUACUUCCUUUUCACUCUCUGGCUCUCCCUGGAAACCUCCGGAAGACAGAGAACCCCUCUCACCAGCAGAGACUCAAUCAGCCCAAGCUCCACUGCUUCCAAACUCGACUCUGGCCCAGAACCCCCCACUGACCCCCCAGGAGAUGAGCUCCAGCACUCUGACUAGCCCCAUGGAGGCAUCCUGGGUCAGCAGCCAAAAUGACUCCCCAAGUGAUGCCAGUGAGGGGCCCGAGUACCUGGCCAUUGGCAACCCAGACCCCCACGGCCGGACUGCCAGUUGCCAGAGUCACAGCAGCAAUGCCGAGAGUAGCAGCCCUCACUUGUUCUCCUCCAGCAGCUCUCAAAAGGCAGAUUCUGCUGCCUCUUCUCUAGGGGACCAGGAGUCAGGUAGGCAGGGUCAGACAGGCAGCGUCCUUCGCAGGUCCAGCUUCUCAGAAGGGCAGACAGUUCCUGUCACCAACGGGACCAAGAAGAGCCAUAUUCGCUCCCAUUCGGAUACCAACAUCGCCUCCAGAGGAGCCUCAGGAGGCCCCAGGAAUAUCACCAUUAUAGUUGAAGAUCCCAUUGCAGAGGGUGGUCAGUACCUGUGCUCCGGAGAAGGCAUGUUUAGAAGACCAUCAGAAGGACAGUCCCUCAUCAGUUACCUCUCAGAGCAAGACUUUGGCAGCUGUGCAGACCUGGAAAAGGAGAAUGCCCACUUCAGCAUCUCAGAGUCCUUGAUUGCUGCCAUUGAGCUGAUGAAGUGCAACAUGAUGAGCCAGUGUCUAGAAGAGGAGGAAGUAGAGGAGGAAGACAGCGACAGAGAGAUCCAGGAACUGAAACAGAAGAUCCGCCUUCGGCGCCAACAGAUCCGCACCAAAAACUUGCUCCCCGAGUACCAGGAGACUGAUGGAAGCUUCCGGGUCACCUCCAGCAGCUCCCAGUUCAGUUCACGUGAUUCUACACAGUUCUCCGACUCUGGCUCUGCUGAGGAUGUUGAUGAACUUGACAUCCACGAUGCUGACAUCCGGAGGAAUGCGGUCUCAAAUGGCAAAGCAUCCUUCUCCCAGGCUUUUUCCCACUGCUUCCUACACUCCACAUCAGCUGAGGCGGUGGCCAUGGGCCUUCUGAAGCAGUUUGAGGGGAUGCAGCUUCCAGCUGCCUCCGAGCUGGAGUGGCUAGUUCCAGAGCAUGAUGCCCCACAGAAGCUCCUGCCUAUCCCCGACUCACUGCCCAUCUCACCAGAUGAUGGGCAGCACGCGGACAUCUACAAACUGCGUAUCCGUGUACGUGGCAACCUGGAGUGGGCUCCACCCCGGCCUCAGAUCAUCUUUAAUGUCCAUCCAGCCCCAACGAGGAAGAUUGCUGUGGCCAAGCAGAAUCACCGCUGUGCGGGAUGUGGCAUCCGCACAGACCCGGAUUAUAUCAAGCGGCUGCGGUACUGUGAGUACCUGGGCAAGUACUUCUGCCAGUGCUGCCACGAGAACACCCAGAUGGUCGUCCCCAGCCGGAUUCUGCGCAAGUGGGACUUCAGCAAGUACUACGUCAGCAACUUUUCCAAGGACCUGCUCAUUAAGAUCUGGAAUGAUCCCCUCUUCAACGUGCAGGACAUCAACAGCGCCCUCUAUAGGAAGGUCAAGCUGCUCAAUCAAGUCCGACUGCUGCGGGUUCAGCUGUACCACAUGAAGAACAUGUUUAAGACAUGCCGACUGGCCAAAGAGCUUUUGGAUUCCUUUGACAUAGUCCCAGGCCACCUGACAGAAGAUCUCCACCUAUACUCACUGAACGACUUGACUGCAACCAAGAAGGGGGAACUGGGGCCCCGUCUGGCUGAGCUCAUUAGAGCAGGAGCUGCCCACGUGGAGAGAUGCAUGCUGUGCCAAGCCAAGGGCUUCAUCUGUGAGUUCUGCCAGAAUGAGGAUGACAUCAUCUUUCCUUUUGAGCUGCAUAAGUGCCGGACCUGUGAAGAGUGUAAAGCAUGUUACCAUAAAGCUUGCUUCAAGUCUGGAAGCUGCCCCCGGUGUGAGCGCCUACAGGCCCGGCGGGAGUUGCUGGCCAAGCAGAGCCUGGAGUCCUACCUAUCUGACUAUGAGGAGGAGCCCACAGAAGCCUUGGCUCUAGAGGCCACCAGCCUGGAGACCACCUGAGGAACGCACCUAAGCUCUUUGUCUAAGGGUCUGACUAGGGUCAGAUAGAGAACUGAGCCACACCUUCAAGGAAGAUGAGGCCUUUUCAAAUAUAUAUAUUGUCAUUUUUUUAUGACUUGUCUGCCGUCCAGAUGUAGGCAACCUUUAUUGGUUGAUGGGUCCAGUCUAUUGUGACAGAUGACUGUGGGCAUCGAGUACUGUCAUCAGAACUGACACUGGGAGUGCCUCUUGUCAGGGACUUUUGUCAGGACAUCGAGAUCCAGCUCUUCUGACACGUUUGGCCUGCUCCACUGGGACCAGAUCUGGUUACAGCUGCAGCUCAAGGAUCAUUCCCACUCUUGACGUAGUCCUCAACUUCUGAGCCAGGCCUUUCUCAGCCAAUGAUCUUUUCCUUUGCUGCUGAAAUAGGAGAAUGGUAUUUUCUCUGUCCCAGUCCUGAGGCCCGGAAGAGAAUGGGACUACACAGUGGGCAUUCUGUCCAACUUACUUAGGUAUUUGAGGGACAGGUAGGAACAGAGCCGUCAUUGUCCUAGAAUCCUCAGAGACCUCAAGAGGCAACCAUAACUCCCCUGUUUCAAAUAUCCCAGACAUAGGUGGGCACGAGCUGCUCGUGUACUCUGGUGGGCUUGAAGCAAAGAACAGAACUGAGUCUUGGGCCAGGCCCAUCUGUAGCCAGCACCGCAAGCGUAAGUGAGGCUGCAACUGGUGCUUAAGGCAUGUUUAUUCAGACAGAGGAGCCGGCGGCCUCCCCUGGGGUGUUCAGUCUCUCAGUUAGCUAACUUGAGUGCAGGUAUGCUUCAAGCUCAGGCAAGUCCCUGACGCGGACCUCAGGAGAGGAUAGAAGCCCCACCCACCAUCUUAACAUGGGUCCCUUACUGCUCUGUCUGACUGUGUGACCAUUGUGGUUCUAAGUACAGGAGUGACCCAACUCUGUUCUCCACCCCUUUCCCCCAGCAGAGCUGGGCCCUCCCUGUUGGCUGAUCUCUUGCCUUAGUUUCUUUUCUCAGAGUUGGGAGAAGCCCUCCCACUCAGCAGCACUAGAGAACUUGACAGUUUGUGAAUGUUUCUGUUUGCUCAGAAUAACAGGCGCCUUUAUGCCACUUAUGCACUUAACACUCAGCCUCGGUGACACAUUGAACCAUCCAUUUCACGUUACUGAUUGUAAUAGACUCCCCCUCCACCCCCACCCCCUAUCACCUAAUGUGCAUUUCUGUGAGAAGUUUCCUGGACGAGGCUGGACAUGUCUGUGAUGGUGUUUGAAUUGCUGCAGGUCUAACAUCUGUGUAAAGACUGGUCAGGGUUGCCUCUCAGAGCCUGGUGGUUCUGUGAACUAAUGACCAUCAUGCUUUUGUUCUGGGGCUGACUUCUGGGUCUUCCUGUCCAUGGUAGCUACUAAAAUCAUUGCUCCGGGCACUGCCCCAAGAUGGAGGGAUCUCCCUGAGAGGCAGAAGGGCUGUCAAUGUGACAGCCAAGCUGAGCUCUAACAGAGCAAGAGGGAAUGUGUCAGGGAACUGGUCCAGGUGCCUUCCUCUGCCUCAGCCUUGGGAGCUGACGGCUCUGUGGCGGGGUGACUGGGACUGUUCUCAGGCAGAAAGCUGAGGCCAGGGCCAGUGGGAGUUGGUUAGAAGUCCCUUCCACUCAGUUGUCACUGAGUCAGACCUCGGAUUCAGACUCUGACUCCAGUUCCAGUUCGUGGCUAACUUCCCGUCCAGCUGCUCACUCCAAGUCACCACACUGGAGGAGGCUGCCGCCACCCAUGCUCCAGCUGACCUCAGCCUUCUCGCUGACUUUCCAGUUUCCCUGCCCCCCCCCCCCCCCCCCUUAGAGCACAGAUCUCUGCAGUGCUCCGGAUUCUGUGCUGUCGUUACUGACCAAAUACCCGUGUGUUUAUUUAUUUGGGAAUGGGGGAAAAGGGACCGAGGGGGUGUUUCUUGUGAAAGCACUUUGUUUUGUCACUUUACAGUAUCUGAGUCUUCCCGGCUGCGGGGAGAGGCAUCCAAUACACUGAGGAGAGUUGCCUCGGGGGUGAGGCGGGAGGGGAGCAUCACAUCUGUACAGAGGGAGACAAGCUCCAAGGCACUGAGAGAUGUGGAAGCCAGGCGCUCUGCACUUAGGAGGCUCCCUCUGCCAAGGGUUGAGAGCGUGUGCUAAACUAACAGAAAAGGAGCAAGAGUCUAAAUAAAAGCAUUCUGUUUGUGUACAACUUGUGUUUUGAACUGGAUUUUCAGCUGCUGUAAUUCGUGCAAAUUCUAACAGUUCAUGGUCAUCUUUAAUAAACUAAGGAAAUUAAA